CAUUAAAAACUACAAAUCCCUCUUGGGUAUAGAAAUCUACGUCAUGACAUCAUUCAAGACGUCCACAGCAAUCACGGAAUGGACAGAAUGCGCAGGAAAUCAAUUUCAAGAUAGCAAUGGUGGAAAGGGACAAAAUACUCUCUAUGUCCAAUCUGUACACCGUAAACUAUUGUAGACACUAAUGAUACAUGAAUUACCGUGUUCCCACUAUAAUGGAAACAUGCAUCGAAGAUUCGUCAAAUAUAUUCCUCCCUCUCUCUUCACUGCGUCUCCUGAUCCCGCCACUGCGGCUCGUCUCUGCUGCUAUGUGGCAGGUGGCACAGAGGAGAGACAUCAUGGAUUAUGGAAAGCUGGAGGAAUUUGUCAGUUUGGUGACAGAUACAGUCCCGGAUCUUAUCACGUGCAAACAGAGAGCCCAACUGCUACUUGGUCUACGAGCAAGGUUGAUCCUUGAGUUGUGCCGUUGUGAUUCUGCUGCUAAUUCAGAGGCAAUCCAGCCCUUGUUGGAUCGCAUUAGACCUUCAGGGCGUGCAGGGAGUGGAGAUGCUCAGGUGGAUGCAGAAGAGACCAUCUUCCUGGAGUUGGUUCAGACCCUGCUGAAAGACACAGCUGAGAGGGAGCACUUCUUUCAGGAGGUGUUCCCAGUGGAUUAUGGCAAUAAAUAUGACACAGACCUGCAGCUGCUGGUGUGGGAGUUCCUCUCCAGAUUAGAGAAGCUGCUACCAGUGCCUGAUCUUGGACAGACGGUCUCUUGGCUUAGCUCUGCCCCCUCUGUGUUGGAUGAGUGUGUAGAGUCCCUCUCUCAGCCAGAUGACUUGAAAACUCUCCUCCAGCAUCACCAAAGCCUUGAGAACGUUGGGGCACAAGGUUGCACUGUGGAGAUGUCCUCUCAGGUCUUUGCCUGCUCGCAGUGCCCUUUCUUUCACAUGCAGGAGUCCUUCCUACUUCAGCACAUUGAGAAAAGUCACCCGGAGGAAUAUACCAAGCUGCAAAAGGCUGCUGAAAGACCCUCACCAAGGAAGACUUUCCAACGGGUCGAGUUCCCCCAGCCGUUUCCCAUCCACGCUGAAACAGAAGUGGCACCCACCGGGGUCCACUCGUGCCCCCAAUGUGGGAAAAGCUUCACGCGAUCUUCCGAUGUAACACGUCACCAACGCAUUCACACUGGCGAGCGGCCCUACACCUGCCAGGAGUGCAACAAGGGCUUCAAGAACUCCUGGGACUUGACGCGGCACCAGCGCAUUCACACCGGAGAACGACCCUACAUGUGCCCGCAGUGCGGCAAGGGCUUCACCCAGUUUGGCCUGCUCAAGCUACACUAUGAGAGAACGCCAUGUGGCAUGAGCUCCGGAGAGCCACUGGAACCCAGAGAACUGGAUGCAACAGGGCAAGCCAACCCCAAGGGCAAGUACAAGUGCCAGAAGUGCGGUGUGAGUUUUGACACUAUCCUGGAACGGCUACAGCACCGGCAGACCCACGUGGUUAGGCGACAGUAUAAGUGCAUGCAGUGCGACAAGUCCUACAGCCGCCCUUCAGACAUGCGGCGGCACCAGAUGAAGCACACCGGGGAAAGACCCUUCCCGUGCGAAGAGUGCGGCAAGUGCUUCACUCACUGGUGGCUGCUGAAGAAGCAUCAGCAGAUUCAUAGCCGCGAACGGCCGUACCCCUGCCCAGUGUGUGGCAAGGCCUUCUCCCAGCCACAGAUCCUCAGCCGCCACCAGCUGACCCACAAUGGCACGCGGCCCUUCCCGUGCUCCUACUGCGACAAGAGCUUCACACAGCUGGCGGGGCUGACACGCCACCUGCGCAUCCACUCAGGCGAGCGACCCUUCCCUUGCGCCGUGUGUGGCAAGAGCUUCCUGACGCAUGGUGAGCUGACACGUCACCACCGCAGCCACACAGACGAGAGACCCUACCCAUGCCCGCAUUGCCCCAAAAGCUUCAAGACGAAGCGAGCCCAGGCCGAGCACCUCAACACCCACACGGGGGAGAGGCCCUUCUCCUGUGCCCACUGCGGCAAGACUUUCGCAAAGUCCACAUCACUGGUGCGCCACAACCUCAUGCAUACAGGGGAGAGGCCGCACCCCUGCCCUGAGUGCGAGAAGACCUUCCUGACGUCCGGGGAGCUGCUCCUGCACCGGCGCAUACACACGGGCGAACGCCCUUAUCCCUGCACGCUGUGCGAGCGCAGAUUCCGCUGCUCCUCGGACCUCACCAUGCACCUGCGGACUCACACUGGCGAGCGGCCAUACAGCUGCGGGGAGUGCAAGAAAUGCUUCUCCACCUCCACACGACUCAAGAGACACAUGUUUACGCAUGUUGGAAAGAACAAAACACGUAAAGAGGACACUGGUUGAGGAGACUGCGGGUGCUACUGCAGAAGCAACGGGGGCGACCAGCACGACCUCCACGACUCCCCCUAUGCCUGAGGGAACAUCCUCUCAACAAUCGACCUUUCCUACACAGUUUUUAGAGGUAGUUAUGCAUGUCAAUUCCUGAACAUUGACUAAGGCCACAGGUUUAGUCAAUUUGGUUGCAACAAGAUUUUCUAUAUUGGGACGAUGGGCAAAACAUGAAUGGCUGCUAGUUCUAAUGACCUGUAAUCCUUUGAAUGUCUGACACAGGAGGAGACAGAGGCAGAAGAGGAAGUGGAACUCAAGAAGAACACAGCAUUGAGGGAGAUGAUUCGAAAAGGCCUGAAGAUUAUGAUGGAA